AUGCUACUCCAUCUCGACGAGGCAGAGCAUGGCGAAGCUGUCCGAUUUAAAUACAAUGGAGAGAGAUAUCUUUUCUUUGGCAACGUUGACCUAUCCACGGCAACAUCGUAUCAUAACAAUCUGAUAACUUGGACGCCGCAUGGGGAAGAAUUACUGAAUCUUCGCAUAAACCUAGGCUAUAAGAGGGAGGAUAUACUGCCAAACCUUCCAGGUCUUGCGGCUACUGCCUCUCAAGGAUGCUCCUUUUGCGGUAUUUUGAGGGGAGAUGUCAUCUCCAUUUUGCCCAAGAUUGGGACUACUUCUUCAGAAAUUGUGGAUGGCUUUGGUGAUUCUGGUCAGAUAAAACUCAUUAUUACUGAAGUCUCCUACAAGUUAGGGGAGUAUUAUGAUGUAGAAGUGUAUCCUUGCGCCACCUGGUUUAAUAUUCAGAGGAGGCCAUUUUCCAAUCGACUUUUAUCGGAGCUAGCAGUGAAUCGCCUGCGCGAGCUAAUCGCUCAAUCAUCAAAUGAGAUGUCUGCUUCGGAUGACAACGCAUAUUUGCCCACGCGUCUGUUAGAUGUAGGAUCAACCACUGAGCCAUGUCUCCGCUUGGUCUCUUUGGAGAAUUAUCCACAGCUUCAACCGGCAGCGGCAAAUGCCUUUGCAAACAGAUACGCAGCUGUGAGUUACUGCUGGGGUACCAAAGAAGAAGCCGAAAAGCAACUGAAAACUACCGUGAAUACUCUGCAGCAGCGUUUCUCGGAAAUUGACCUCAAAAGUAUGCCACACACUGUUGCAGAUGCUGUUCGGCUGUGCCGCGCGAUUGGCCUGCGCUAUCUAUGGAUUGACGCUUUAUGCAUUAUACAAGACGAUGACAACGACUGGACGAGGGAAUCCUUUGAAAUGUCCAAUAUAUACGCCAACAGUUUUAUUACAAUCUGCGUUGUUACAGGGACUUCGUGCUCGGCUGGAUUCCUGGACAAGCGUCAUAAUCAAAAAACGCUACAAAUAAAUUUCACCUCUCAGAUAGAUCCAGCAGUCAAAGGAAAGCUAUUUCUCCGAAUUUACAAGCAUCCUACACUUAAUCUCACGACAGAAUAUACAAAGAUGUCUGUCUCCGAAGGGCUCAUGAGAAAUGACAAGCUCGAAGUUGACGAGUGGGCUCUUGAAAAAGCCCCAUGGUUCCAGCGCGGAUGGACGUUUCAGGAAAGUCAUUUUUCAAAACGCAAACUUCUCAUCGGGCAUGAAAUGGCGUAUAUGUGGCAUGAAGACAGCAUGGUGUCGAUGGACGGAACUCGGCACGAUAGGUCACAGCUUACUUUGGAAGCUCAUAGGAGCAUGCGUGACGCUAUAGACCAGUGGUAUACCAUGGUUAGAUUCUACGUCCGGAGAAAGCUUUCUUACGAGCGAGAUAGAUUGCCGGCCUUGUCUGGCCUCGCUAGGGCUUUGGGAACUUCGUUUCCCGAUCUAGAGUACCUAGCGGGAUUAUGGAAAGCCGAUCUUCAUAGAGGACUGUUCUGGAUAUCGGGGACUACGCAAAGCUACCGAGAAUACGUCAAGCCGCUCAAGUAUGGAUACGUCGCACCUUCAUGGAGCUGGGCACGCCGUCCAGGUCCCAUCUACUGGUUCUUGGGCGUCCAGUUUUCCGUCGGCGUCAAGUACACGCCGGAAUUUGAGCUGCGAGCCGCCAAUGUCGUCACGGACAAACUGAACCCUUACGGCCGUGUAUUCAGCGCAUGCCUAGAAAUGAGUGCAAAAAUAUACAGAAUGGUGCCGCUGGGAGUUGAUGGAGAGGAUAGCAGUAACAGGAGGAGGCCAUGUGCAAAAGAAGCUCCUGAAGAUGAGAGGCUACAUCUGCACACUUACCCGUUUCACUACGUCCUGCGCUCGAAACAGGGCGACUACGUGGCUAAUUUGAACUUUGAUUGGGAUGUUAAAGGUUUUCGUCAUGAUGGCUAUGGGUACCCGGAUGCUCCUUUGGAUGAGAUGCGAAUGCUGCUGAUUUCGAGUUCUGAUCUCAGCGAUGGAGAUGUACAUCGAGAUUUGGAUAAGGCCCUUUCUGACCAGAGGAUGAUGGUUGGUCUCCUAGUUAUGCCGACUCGGAAUGUGGAUGAGUUUGUUAGAGUUGGCUUGUGGUAUUCUGUGGCGAAAGGGCUCGGUGGUAGCAAGCUGUGGGAAGAUAUUCAGCCGCAAGUAAUCAGACUUGUUUAA